AUGAAUGAAUUACCACUAGUUCCAGGAACAUUCCCGCCAGGCCUCGAGCAUCUUCUGCAGAUAGACAAGCUACUGAUAAUUCAGAAGUUGGAAGCAGCAGAAAUCAUAUAUGGAAUUGAGACCAUCAACAGGUAUGAGGUGACAAACAACAUUGGCCAGCAGAUCUACUUUGCCACUGAAAAGAGUAACUUAUGCUUCAGAUUCAUCUGUGGGCAACAGCGUCCAUUCAAAGUUUACGUUGCGGACAACAUGGGCACUGAGGUAAUGUGCUUCAAACGCCCUUUGCAAUGUUCCUGCUGCUGCUCUCCAUGCUGCUUGCAGAAGUUAGAAGUGCAAGCUCCAAUCGGUGAACCAAUAGGAUACGUUAUCCAAAAAUGGCACCCAUGUUUGCCAAUGUUUGCUAUUCAAAAUAAAAACAAAGAAACUGUUCUGAGAAUCAGUGGGCCAUGUUGUUGUUGCCGCUGGUGUUGUGCUUAUAACUUUAAGAUAGAAGCUCUUCAUUCAAGUGAAGAAAUAGGAAAAAUCACAAAGGUCUGGGGUGGACUCGUAGUUGAAGCUUUAACAGAUGCUGAUAACUUUGAGGUCAGCUUCCCAAUGGAUUUGGACGUUAGUAUUAAAGCGGUCCUGCUGGGGGCCAGUAUCUUAAUUGAUUUUAUGUAUUUUGAGAAAACAAGUAAGCAGCUGAUUGAAGUGACAGAUAGGAACCAAUAA